GUCCACGUCCUCUCCUUCCACAGGAUGGUCAGGAUGAAAGAUCUGGGCAAUAUUAAUGUCACAGAGACAGAUGUGAGGGGUGUGACCAGUGUAAGGAGAACAUUCCUACAGAGACAGAUGUGAGGGGUGAUGACCAGUGUAAGGAGGACAUUCCUUCAGAUAGAGCCCAGGGGAGAUGCGGAGACAGUGCAAUCAAGAACGAAACCGGCGGCAAGGACCAGGUGAUCGGAUAUCUUCAGAUUAUAAUGGAGAAGAUCCGGGUGUCACAUUACAUACAUAUGAAGAACGUGCCAUUAUCCCAGAUGUACUUUUGGACCUUCACAGCAAAAACCUAUCCUCUAAAGUUUUAAAACAAAUCCGAUCUUCUGAUUCAUCACAGACUCUUACACAGAAAAGAAGUCACAGAAGGGAUGCGGGAGCCCAAAGAGCUCAGAAAGGGAAGAAGUCGCAUUCAUGUUCAGAAUGUGGCAAGUGUUUUAUUAAGAAAUCAAAUUUUGAGAUCCAUCAGAGAAUUCACACAGGGGAGAAGCCGUUUUCAUGCUCAGAAUGUGGGAAACAAUUUACUCACAAAUCAACUUUUGAGAACCACCAGAGACGUCACACAGGGGAGAUGUUGUAUUCAUGUUCCGAAUGUGGGAAAUGUUUUACUAAAAAAUCAUAUUUUGAGACCCAUCAGAGAAGUCACACAGAAGAUAAAACGUUUUCAUGUUCAGAAUGUAAGAGAUAUUUUACUCACAAAUCAUCUCUUGAGAGGCAUCAGAGAGUUCACACAGGGAAGAAGCUGUAUUCAUGUUCAGAAUGUGGGAAAUGUUUUACUAAAAAAUCUAAUUUUGCGACCCAUCAGAGAAUUCACACAGGGGAGAAGCCGUUUCCAUGCUCAGAAUGUGGGAAACAUUUUUCUCACAAAUCAACUCUUGAGGCCCAUCAGAGAAUUCACACAGGGGAGAAGCCGUAUUCAUGUUCAGAAUGUGGAAAAUGUUUUACCCAGAGUUCACUUCUUGUUAGACAUCAGAGAAUUCACACAGGAGAGAAGCUCCCCUGUUCAGAAUGUGGAAAAUGGUUUACUGACAAAUCAAAUCUUGAGAGACAUCAGAGAAUUCACACAGGGGAGAAACCGUAUUUAUGUUCAGAAUGUGGGAAAUGUUUUUGCAUGAAAUCAGAACUUCUUUUGCAUAGGAGAUUUCACACUGGAGAGAAGCCAUUUCCGUGUAAAGAAUGUGGGAAAUGUUUUACUCAGCAAUCAGCCCUUGUUAGACAUCAGAGAACUCACACAGGAGAGAAGCCGUAUUCAUGUUUACAAUGUGGGAAAUAUUUUACUCAGAAAUCAGUUGUUCUUAAACAUCAGAGAAUUCACACAAGGGACAACCAGUUCUAGCUCCUUCUCAAAAUUCACCAUACAUGUACAUGUAUUAUAAAUGUAUUUAAAGAUGACAUCUGCUCAAGAGAUAAUCAAGUGCCAUAGCUGGUGGAUGCAUGCUGUUUUACACAGCAGAUACCCACUGGCAGUGUCCAUAAUUAAAAACAACUCUACACUUAACCCCUCAGAUGCCAUGGUCAGUUGUAACCAUAGAAUCUGAGCCGUACAGCCCCCUAUGACAAUAUUGUGGAAUCAUUUGGUUGCUAUAGCAUCUGAUACCUUGUGAAGGUUCCUAGGCUUGUUCCUAUUGAGCCCUUCCUGUGGCAGGAGUUAAUAGGAACACAUUGAUGAUGAACCAUUGCAGUCUGACUGCGAUCUAAUGAUCGAAUGUUCAAGUCCACUAGUGGGGGCCAAAAAUAAAGUUGCAAAAUAUAAAUAAAUCUAUAUUUAUAUAUAAUAAAUACGAGAACCAAAAGAAUUAGGAAUUUAAAUCACCCCCUUUACCCU